AACAUGCAGAUUGGGCGUUUUAGUGGCUCCGUGUGUUGCGCCUGCAAACAAGGGAGCUCACUCAGUGAAGAAUCAGCAGCUGUCACCAAUCCCUUCCCCUCCCGUGUUAGUGUAAAAGUGGGGCAAGACCACAUGUGCUUGCAGGGGCCACGACUUUGCAUGUUUUCAUACCAAGGAAUAAGGUUUCACGGCAAAUGUUUCUUUCCCACACUCAGACGGAUCUUCUGCAGCUGAGAUGGCUUCAGAGAGUCAAAUUUGGCUCAUAGACAUUAUAAAUUAUGUGAGUUAGUGAACAUAGUCAGUCACAUAGGAUUGUAGAAGUGCAGUUUGCAACAUGACUUCAGAUCCCACUCAGUGGUGUGAAAGGUCGUCUGUCUCCUAUACGUGGCCCGUGAUUGACGGCAUGGCAAACAAUCCAGGUUGUAGCCUACCAUAACAUAGAAAAGUGAAAAAUACUUUUACACAUAGAGUAAUACUGUGCCGAUUUUAUAAAUCGGAUUUUAACAAUUAAUACAAUUAAUCCACAUUGGUGACGACUUUGCAAAUACAGUGUACAUCUUAUGCCCUGUUGCCACCAGCUCAGUUUACCAUUUUGGAAAAAAAUAAAAACGGCGAUAAAAUGCCCGCAACCGACCCCUCCCUGCCAGUGGAAGUAACCGUACCAAGUGCACCAGUCAUAUCAAAAGGCAGCUCUCCUUCCAGCUGUCUGUACAAAAUUAAACCCCCCGACUGUCAAGAUUGACGCCUCUCGUAGGAAAGACCGCUUGGAAAAGGAGGAAAUGGACACCAGUGGUGGUUCGCAAUUUUAUUUUGGUCAUUGUGCAAAAUGCAAUAAAGAAGUGCUUGGUGCAGGAAAGGCCUGCCAGGCUUUGGGACAAAUAUUCCAUCAAACGUGUUUCACCUGCAGUGUUUGUGAUAAACGACUUCAAGGCAAACCCUUCUAUACAGUGACUGGAACUAUCUAUUGCGAGGAGGAUUUUUUGUACUCUGGAGUUCAUCCAUCCCCUGAAGUCUGUUUCAGCUGUGAUCAGAUCAUCACAGAUAUGGUUGUGCAGGCUCGUGGGAAGACGUACCACUCGGCCUGCUUCCGUUGUGUUGUUUGCAAACAGAGCCUGGAGGAUGUGCCCUUCACCGUGGGCCCUGACGAGAAGCUUUACUGUGUUGAUGAUUACCACAAGGUGCAGGCUCCUUGCUGUGCUGCUUGCAAUAAGCCCAUACUACCAACUGAGGGAUGCACAGAGUCUAUUCGAGUGGUUUCGUUUAACAAAAACUACCAUGCAGAGUGCUACGGAUGUGAAGUUGACUUUGUUUGAAGAUAAGAUUGUUGGGUAUAAAAUAAACGAUAGGAUAUUCCA